GCGGGACUCGUAAUGGGGCAGCUGUUUGCCAGACUCCUGAGCAUUUUUGGAAGCCGCGAACAUAAAGUAAUAAUUAUUGGCCUGGACAAUGCUGGAAAAACCACCAUCCUCUAUCAGUUUUACCAGUCCACACAUGAACCUGUCCCCUUAUCCCAUGACUGCUAAGCUCACUCAAGAGCCUUUGGUGAGGAACUUUCUCAAAAACCUUUUGGAAGUCCAAGUAUACUAUGUCAACUGGAUCACCUUUAUCCACAUGCCUGUUGACACUUUCAAAGAACUCCAAAAGCCUGAUGAAUGAGGUUGUGCAUACAUCACCUACAAUCGGCAGCAAUGUGGAAGAAAUUGUCCUGCGCAAGACACAUUUCCUGAUGUGGGACAUUGGUGGGCAGGAAACCCUGAGAUCUACUUGGAACACCUACUAUUCAAACACAGAGUUUGUCAUUCUCGUGAUCGAUAGCACAGACCGCGAGAGGCUGACAGUGACAAAAGAGGAGCUCUACAGGAUGCUAGCUCAUGAGGACCUGCGUAAUGCAGCUGUGUUGAUAUUUGCAAAUAAGCAGGAUGUCAAAAAUUCCAUGUCUGCUUCUGAGAUCUCAAAGUUCCUCACCCUCAGCUCCAUCAAAGAUCAUCCCUGGCAUAUUCAAGGAUGUUGUGCACUCACGGGAGAAGGCCUUCCAGCCGGUUUAGAAUGGAUGAUUUCUCGAGUUGCAGCCAACUGACAACAGCCAAAGCCACCAAGGGGAAGAGGGGGGGAAAGACCUUGAUUUCCAUUUUACAAAUGCUCAGGACUCAUUGGACCUUGCAUGGCCUUUUACUUCCAGCAGAACUGGAUUUUAUAUGCUUCUUAGAACAUGGAAGCUAAAAUGAAUUGUGCCUGCAGAGGAAAGGGGGAAGGGGAGAGUCUUCUGGACAAGCCUUUCAGCCCAGGGAAAGGAGAAUAUACUGUUCAGACCAUUAUGGAGGAGGGUGACAUUAGAAGAUGUGUGCCGCCUCCUUUUCUGGCAGAAAAAUGGCCCUCAGCCUUGUGAGUCUUAAGAAGAGGUCAUGCUUAAGUUGCUGAACAGAAGAGCAACCAGCAUCUCCAGCCUUCCACAACAGAAAAUGCUUUGCCAGACUGAGGGAUCAUCAAGACAGUGACAAAGCAAUGUGGCACAGUAUGCCUUGAACUUUCACUUAGCCUCUGACAUAUCCCUGAGCUGCUUUCCAGGCUGGGAAGAUGUCCAGGAGACAUUUGGGACUGUGGUCUGACAGUCACCUUGUUCUUCUGAGAUUGCUCCUGUUUCUCUAUGGAUAGUAAGUGACAGAACAAUUUGGGUGCUGAGCAGCCCUUUGCUGCGUCCUUCCAGUCCCCUGCAAUAGAGGCCUGACUUGUAUUUGGUUGAUACUAAGAGAGUCAUCUCAGCUGCUGUUUUGGGAGCAUUCCUUUUUCCACAGCCAAGACUUGCCUUGACCUGUAGAAUGGUGUUGUUGGUAAGGAAACACUGUUCAUCUCCAUACAGAAAAAAGCUCUGUAAAGCUUCCCUCGUUUGCUAGAUGAGACAAACUGUUUUACAAGUUUUUGGAAACGUUAAGGGAGUUUGGAGAUCUGGAGACUAAAUUGCAAUUGAAGCCUGAGGGGUGUGUGUGUUAACUGCACACAUUGCCUGCUGGCCUUAAAUGUCUACAUCUCUGCGAGCCACAUAGACCGCGUCUAUGCAUGCAACAGAAUAAGGUGGCAGAAUGGACCGUACCACUUCAGACUACAGUUGAGGGGUACCACGUUUGAAUGCUCCGCCAUGUUUUUAAAAAACACCUCUUUGUAGACAGAAAAUCAGCACAGCAGGAAGAUUUUAGCACCGUCUGUUUCUUGCUGUGCCGUUCUCUUGUUUGUGUGGGGUCCUUAAGGUAGGAGGACAUUGCAAAAUGUUUUUCCACUUCCCACGUGCAGUCUGCUGCCCUUUGGCGUGCACCACCUCAAUCUGCUGCAUGUGUAGGUCAGGUCAUAGGGGAAGAGAUAACUUGUAGUGCCUAAGUUUCUCCAACACAGUAACCAAUAUCCAUUGCUACAGCAAUAUGUAAUUCGCAGGAGACUGUUUUAUUGGAACAGAGGAUGUUUCCCCUUCUAUGUCUAAGGGUUUGUCUCUUCAGUUUUUUUAAAAAGAAUAUUUCCCAACUUGUUGGACUUUUUAAAAAUUAAAGUAUGUUUCCUUA